AUGGCCUCGUUUAGCUCCGUCCUGCUGCCUCUCCACCAGCCAGCAGCCAGUGGAGGGCAGCCGCUCCAACAGCAAGUGCCAUACGGCCCACCUGUGUCGCUGACUCCUCAGACAGCAAAGCGGCUGUUGCAGCAGCACAAGGAGUGGGUGCAUGCGGCAGUCUUUACAGCCGAGGGUCUCUGUGUUGCCGCUACCUUUAGCGAGCCAGUGGAAUUUCAAGCAGUUGCGCGUGCUUUCUCUUCCCGCCAGACCGCCAUUAGCGAAGGCGUCGAGUUUCUCGGAUGCGUGUAUUCUGUUAUGAGGUAUGCCCCUUCCAUUAUUAUUUGUCGUCGUGGAAACGGCGAGGAUACGGAGGGCCUUGCGCUUCUGAAGGGGCUAUCUCGCAUGGGGGAGGAACUGUUACUACUGGCCGUCUACCGUCCCCCCACCGUCUCUGCCUCGGCAGUGUCGCAAAUGCGGCGUUUCUUCGAGUCGCAUCUGGGGACGCUGCCGACGUUGAGGCUUCCAGAGACUAUCGAGAGUCUCUUGGCUAGGCAACGCCUUGCCUUCACUGGAAGCACGUAG